AUGUUUCGAGACUUUUACGCGUCCAAGAGACUCACGCAAGUCUCGAACAACAACACCAUCUCCGUGCCAUCGCUGACGCACCGAACGCACGCGACGCGAAGAGAGAAUCAUCCACCGUUUGAAUCUCCACGGUUUAAUCAACGAGAAAAGGCGAACGAGGGGUCGCAUUUGCACUCUCCGCGCGCGAAUACGACGCCUCCUCUCUUUUUGCAGCAACAGACGACGGCGACGCAAAACAACAACAACAACCAGACGUCGUCGCCGUCGAAUGUACCGGUGGUUGUGCAAAACGUGGAGAAAGCGAAGAGCGCGUCGAGGUACGGGAACGAGGUUUUGUUCAGCGUGAGUCAGCCGCAGUAUUACUGUCACCAAUCGACGCCGAAAGAAUCGCCGCCGUGUUUUCACUCGAGAGAAACCGUCGAGCUGAGACGGAAGAACGAGGAGCAACGGGAAAGAGCAGCGAAUACGUUUUUGUUGCAACAACAACAUCAACAACAACGAAAAAAGAACGAAGAAUAUCUUCAAGCGCUCGCGAUGAGACCAAUGUCACCUCCGGAAUUUACGAAUGGAACCGGGACGGUGUUGACGGCGGAGAAGAGAGUGGCGGUUGCCGGGACGCAGACCGAUGAGAAUAACGAGGAAAACGAAACGAACGCGAGGAAGGCGAGGCAAAGCCGAAGACUCGCUGGAUUGCCUCCGCCGGUGACUUCUACGGGGAAGAGAGAGGACGAGGAGACCAUCGACGAGUUGGAUAUUUCGAAACUAAUCACGAGCGCGGUGGAGAAAACGUUGGAAAGCGUCGCUAAGGAGACGAGGAGAGGGAUGGAGGAGAUUGCGAUGAGAACCCAGAGAGACGUGUUGCGAUGCGCGGCGGACGUGGCGAGAAUGCAGAGAGAUCUAUCGGAAUUUAUGGGACAGUAUGGAGUGAAGCGCAAAAACAGCCAUCGCAACGACGACGACGACGACGACAACGAGGACGACGUUGUGUAUUUUGGGCACACGAGCGAGCGAGAAAUAGAUGCCACGAAGACGGCGUCGAAGAAGAAGCAAAGUACGAUGAUAAGCGGCGGUAAAACGCCGGCGCUCGUGUCGAUGAUAAGCGACGGUAAGACGCCCACAAACGUUGUCAUCGCGCACAUUCGAGAGAAUGCUAGCAUUGUGGAACUUCGCGCGGCGCAUCCUCUCUUGUUUAACGGCGCGCUUUCGAUUCGAAACCACACCGCGUCAUUCCUUCGCAAAAAAAUCUCAGAAGGGUACGUGGGAUACGCCGCCGAGAGAGAAAGAGCGUUGGCGCCGACGCUGCCUGACAAGGAAAAAGAGGAAUUAGAAAUGAAAAACAACGACAUCUUCACAUCACGCUCCAAGCCAAAGAAUAAACCCGUCCCCAUAGACGACGACGAUUCAGACGACGAAAACGUCGAGCUCCGCGUCCGCGAAGAAAUCGAAGCCUUCAAACGCAAGACGAAAGCGAGAACCGCCCGCAGGCGAGGUUUUGCCGUCUCUACGAAACUCUCGAUAGAGACGUAA